AAACACUAAGAGAACCUGCGGUAUGCACGCCUAAAAGCAGGAAGAUGCAGUAAAUGUUCACUUGAGACUGCCCUAAUGUUUGGAGAUUGAAAGACUGAUGCUGAGGAGGGGCUGAGGAAUGUAAUCAAUAAUGAAACUACGAGUCCUCCGAUCUAUAAAAGACCCUCAAAUGUGAAUGUCCUGCACACAACGCUGAUCACAUACAGGUCGUCGUGACAAGAUGAAGGCCAUGCAGGUGAUUUCCUUGACUCUGCUGUCUGUCCUGGCAGCCAGCGCUCAGGUGUUGAAGUUCGGCAAAUGCCCCAAACCAGCCGUUCAGGCCAACUUUGAUGCUACCAGGUACAUUGGUAAGUGGUAUGAGAUCAUGAAGCUGCCAACAAGUUUCCAGAAAGGCGAGUGCGGCACUGCCACCUACAGCCAGAAGAGUCCCGGAGUCCUCGGGGUCCUCAACAGCGAGCUGCUUGACGAUGGAAGCAUUAAUUCUAUCGUCGGCUCUGCUAAGGUCAAGAACCCCUCUGAGCCUGCCAAGCUGCAGGUCUCCUUCAAUGGAUCUCCCCCUGGUCCCUACUGGGUGCUGUCUAGCGACUACGAGGGUCACUCUCUGGUCUACGGCUGCGUCGACUACGGCCUGUUCCGCAUCGAGCUGUCCUGGAUCCUGAGCAGAGAGCCCACCCUGUCUGAGGAGACCGUUGAGGAGCUGCACAGCAUCCUGUCCUCCAUCGGAGUCAAUGUGGACAAGAUGGUCCCCACCAUCCAGGAUGAGACUUACUGCAGCGCCAUGCAGUAAACAGAGACACUCCUGUUUCAGCCUCUACAGGACUGUGAGACAAGGAUCUGUGACAUGUUAACACACUACUGUAUGAAGUGUGUGGUGUGCCUCGCCCUGUCGACACGUUGUGCAAAAUCAUUACAAUAAACCUGUAGAAAGAAA